AUUGCUGGAAGAAAUGCGUCAGGUUUUGUCGGAAUCCAUCAUCCGUUUCUAACACUGUGAUGUCAUUGUGCAAUUUCUACAAAAUUAUCAGACUAUCCGUUUUGCUACAUUGAUGUUCUUCUACAAAUCUCAAAUGUAACCAGGUUAGUUGUGAAAGCUGCUGUCAGAUUAAAUGUGGAAGAUGGGAAGUCUUGGCAUAGAAAUGAAAUGUCUUUAAUUAGGCCUGUCAGAACCUGGGGAGCAGCUCGUUAUACUUUCGUCCUCCGCAGCUGCUACUCAAAACCGCUUUCUGUGUUUUGCCGGAGGCAAAUUUGAACUGCGAACAGCAGCAGUACCUCCGGACAUAAAGCAGCCUCCAGCAACGGACCAGCCUUUUGUCCGCAGCCUGCACCUCGCCUCUCCCGCGCGACGAGUUAAAGGCUCGCGGAUAGUCGCUCGGCUGCAGAAGCGGGACGGCUCGCGGCCGCUCGGUGUCAGUAGCUUCGGCAUAAACUUUGAAGGCGGCGGCUUUGCAUCUUCCUGCACCCUUGGAAUUACGUAGGAUCAUUUGUCAGUGCUUUUUCUGUGGUGCUGUAAGUAAUCACAAAUGAAAAUUGACUUCAUAAUUGAAUGGAAGGUCCAUGUCUAGACAGUGCUUUGGUUUUGUGUCAUGGCAACUGCACAAUAAGAUUUUAAAGCUCUCUUAUAAAUUGAUAUAUUUAUACAGUUAUAUCUUAUUUUGGUGCUGAACACCAAAUCUACCAUGUCUGUCCUGGAGUCUCCAGAUGGAGAUAAUCAGGGAAAAGUGGGUCUGAAGAGGAAGCCAACUGGUCCUCCAAGGCUCCUGCUGGGCAAAUCCAAGUCCAAAGGUCACCGUGAAGUGAGGAACACCAGAGGACACAAAGACACUAGUGACAGCAACGGGAUCCAGAGGAGCUCCAAGUCUCCAGAUUGUCAAAGCAAAGUUCAAGGAAAUAAGCAGGGAGAGGCUGCUUCUGUAGAUCCUGAGACGCCAGAGAUGGGAAGCACAAAGGAGAUUCACAAAACAUCAGACGGUUCAUACGGAAGCCCUGCUGCAUUCCAGAGUGGAACUAAAAAAGAGUGCUUAAAUGCUGGACAGGACAAGAAAAGAUGGGGGUGGAAACGAUGCUUCUUCCCAUCUCUGUUUUGCCUAAAAGGAAAAGGGGAACAACUGGGAAAAGUGUCAGACAAGAAGGAGGAGCCUUGUGAUGUCAUCUCCUGCAAUGCACAGCCAAAGGGCAAUGUGGCUCACGGUGAUACCACAGGUGACCCUGUAACUCAAAGGGGUACCUCUGACAUCCCUGCUAAUUCUGCAGUUAGAGGAACAGGAAGAUUCUCAGCUUGGGGGACUUUAAAGAGGCUUCUGCGUACAUCCAGCUAUCAGUCUAGGUCAAACGAGAGACAGCCAGAACAAAAACAGCAUUCUGCAUCUGUGGACACAACGGCCCCUCAUUUUUCCUUCAAGGACAAACUGAGCAGUGUCUUGAGACGUAAAGCAAAGAAACCUUCUCCUUUCUUCCAGGAGAGGCUUGUAGGUACCAAUGAAUACAUAGAGGAAGAAAAUAUAGUGCUUUCUAACAGAUGUACAGAGGGAGUGUAUCUGGAUGCAUCUCCAGUCAGUGAAGAGGGCAACCUUACAGAAGGGGACACAGAGAUCAAAGGGUCAUGCUCUGAAACUCUGACCAUAAGUGCAGAAGUGACUGCCAUGAUACCAACGGUUGAAGAAGACCAAGACAUCUCAGGAGGAAGUACAAGCCACCCUGAAGAUCAAACAUCUGUAGAAGGACAGAAGCAAAAUGAGGAUGGAUCUCCAAAAUGUGCAGAAGACGGAGCAGAGUUAUGCAAAGGUAUAGUUAUAGAGAGCAGUCCUGUGCUGCAGUCCAAGGAUGAUUUUCUUGGUGGUGAAUCCCAGGAGGAAUUGCCAGUAGUUGUGGAUACUGUAUCUACCAAUGCAUGUGCUGAUGUAGGUGUUGAGUUGCAGGAAGAGCCAUUGCAGACUGAGGAACUCAGCUCACCUAUGACUGGUGAAUUUACAGAUGUAAGUUCUGAACAGGGUGUAGAACACGAGAAAGUGCUUGAAGGAACGGCACCACACGGCAAUAUAGGAUCACCCAUGCAGGAUUACUCUCCAGUGAAAAACAAUGCAAGCGAUCAUGUGAUCAUCUCUCAUGAAACCAGUGACACUUUGCAAAAUGGCACUGACAAGUUUCCUUUGGAGACCCUUCAAGGCAUCAACAAUGGCGGCCAGUUGUACCCCACUAUUGAUGGCCUGCAUCCCCAGCCCAAUGACAUCCUGCUGAGGCAGACUGCAUGUGCUUUGGUUCAGGCAGCCAUGACGGCUGCCCUCAAUCAGCUCAAGGAGGAGAUGAAGGACAGUGUGGCAAAUAUCCAUAGGGAGAUGCAAGAGCUCCAAAGUCAGGCUUAAGCCUUAAAGUUCACCCCAUCAUGACUUUUCCUGCAUAUAAAAAUACCUCAAAAGAUCAUCUACUACUGCUGAACCCUACAGAGAACAGUCAGACUUAACUUGUGAAGCGUUAUAAGAGAUCAAAAUAAAUCCUUUAUAUUCCGUUAAAAUCCACUGGUUACCCAAAUGAGGACUGAAAUUAAUGCAAGGCAUUGAAAUAUCCCCCUUGCAGCCUUUGUCAUUUUAUAGUGGCAGUACUGUGAACAUUUAUUUGCUGUACAUGAACAUGGCUUCUGUCAAACGAGAUUAUGUAGGUUUCGUUUUCAAGCUAAUGAAUUGCUGGGAAGGAUUCACGAUGAUCUGUUAUUCCAUGUUCCAGGAGAAGUGAACCUGUAUCUUAUGUGAAGUUAAUUGUGAAUAAAAGGUUGAUGGGUCAUUCCCCACGCUUAGACCUAUUUUUAGCACCUGGUGUAUUUCAGCCUAAGCUUUUAGUGACGUAAACAAACAUGAGAGAAAUGUUUCUGUAAAACAAAUGGCAUUGUUUGCCUGGCUGGUGUUCAAAAUUUGCCAUUCCUUACAAGCUUACUGCAGUGUCCAUGUUGAUGAGAGGUAGAGCUUGCAUUUAUGUGGAACUGUCAGAUGGUGAGUUCAGUGGUAAGUAUGGAGCACUGUGCUUCCUGAGGUGUUUCCCUUGUUAUGCCAUGUAUUGAGGUGUCCAGGGUGUAGGCGAUUUAGUAACGCUUUGAAAGGAAUGUGCCGGAAGAUUGUAGUGGUAGGAGUAGUUGCAGUGACAGCUGCAGUGUAACUCAAUACUGGUGCAGGAUUACUCUUGUUAGGUGGCCCACAAGCACUGCAAAUGAAGAGUGUCAAAAAUGCCAAAAAUGUCCUUUCUUACUAAGUUUCACUAUGACUAUAUUCUCAGUGGUCAGUUUAUUAGGUACACCUGCUCGUUAACAUAAGCAUCCGGGUCCUUCAAAUUAUGUGGCUACAGAAGUAUACAUACAGUGCAAUGACAGGGUCAAGAGUUUCAUUUACUGUUUGGCUAAGCAUUAGAAGGGUUAAGAUGCAGGCUUUAAGUUUGAUUGAUGGUGCUGGACAUUUAUUUACAGUUACAGAUACAGUUAUUUUCCUGGGAUUUUCACAUACUGCAGUGUCUGGAGUUUACAGAGAACUGCAAUAAACAAAAAUAUUCAUUCAGCAGCAGUCCUCCAGAUAAAAACACCUUGCCUCUGGUAGUUGCCCCUGGUACUAGCUAGGUAUACCUAAUAAAGUUAUUUCUAAGUACUUCCUAACAGUGAUGUGUUUGUAAUUUGGUCUGUAUAUUCUUGUAAUGUUUUUUACAUAUGAAUAACUACAUGUUAGUUACAGAGAAAUGUAAUGUAAAAAGUUGAAUGCAGAACCUAUUUGUUAUUUAAACGAAUAACAGGAAUAUUUGGUGAAAUAAAAAUCUACAUGUUA